AUGAUGUGUAAGUGUGCCUUUUGUGCUGCCAAGUAAAAUAAAAAGUGAUUUGUUAAUUUCUAUAAGUUUAAAAUUCUUUGCAUUGAAACAACUUUUAUAUUCAAAACUGCAAAAUUAUAAUAUCAUUCUGCUGGAAAAUUAAAACUUACAUUUUUAGGUUACACCGCGAACAGCCAAGAAGAUAUCGUUUUAGAUGAGCUACCGGUGAAAAAAAUUUACGAAGAUUCUGUACCUGAAAACAAUCCAGAAGACGAUCAACCAUACAGUAUAGGUGAUAACCUAGAUGUACGUUGUUUCUAGAAAUAUUGUUUAACAGGUUAAAAAAUGAAUUUUUUGCACCAAAUUGUUUAAAACAAUUUUUCAUGGUUGAUAUUUUACACUUUAGGACAUUUCAACAGUUUGUGUUUGUGAAAAGGCAGUUAUUAUUUUCGAUACUAGUUCUCAACAAUUUCCAAAAGAUCAGAUCACCCGACUGGUAGAAAAAUUGGAACAAUACAUUGAGCAUAAUAUGUUGAAUACCAGUCUAGUAAAUACACAACAAAGUAUUUUUCCAAACAAUGAUGAGUACUGUGAAGAAUUGGGUUAUACCAUGGAAUCAUAUGCUGGAAUGCUUGUUGUCAAUAUUAAUCCGAGAAGUGACCAGACUUGUGGUAUCAGUAAGAAAACCGUGCUGCAAACUCCAUUAGUGGAAUUCAACGCUUUUUCUCUCAACGAUUCUAAACGAUGGGUUAUGACAGUGCAAAGCAAAAGUGCGUAUCUACGGUAUCAAAUAAAUGACACUAGCAAUGAAAACGAAAUGCAAGCUGCCGGAUUUUUAAUAAAAAGUGCUUGUUCACCUACGAUUGGCCGAAGUAAUUUGCACGAAGAAUAUUCUAGACUUAAGUGGAGUGAAGUUGAGAACAGGUUUCACGUAAAUUUUCGAUUAAUUAAAAAAAUGUAUUUUUAAUGUCCUGAUUUCAAUUUUUUAAUAUUUUUUGCGUAAGGUAAAAUAACUAUGUUUGGUAUACUGUAGAAAAAAAUCAAUAUUAACAACGCAUUUACUUUUGUUUUAAACGCAUUUCAGGCUUCUAUACCAAUGUACGGAGUGUUGCUAACUGUUGCGUUCGUUAUGUGCAUUGGAGGCUUGUGGGCUUUGAUUGUAGUAAUUUACCGUCGUUUACAACAUGCAGAAUUGAAAGAACAGCGUGCUAUUCGAUUGUUUAUAUCAGAAAUUGUAAAAAAGGAGCAUGAACGUGAAGAAGAGGUAAUGCACCAUAUAUUAUAAUAUACUGAAGUUUUUUUUCUAAUAUGGGACGGAGAGAAAGAAGGCAGAGAAAGGCUAAAAUUUUUUUUAGAUUUUCGUAUAAAAUUUGCUAACAUCAUAUUUUAAUAAUAAUUUAAAAUUUUUUAAGGAAGAACAAGCAAAGCUCUCCGAAUUGCUCAAGGACUACAGUAGCCAAACAAAAAAAUAUUAA